UCGGUACAAUAAACCCCUCCUCUCUGUAAAUCAGACACAUCAAUAACCAUGAGAAUGAGCUGCAAUGGCUGCAGGGUCCUCCGUAAAGGUUGCAGUGAUAACUGCACCAUUAGACCUUGCCUUCAGUGGAUAAAAACUCCUGAUUCUCAAGCCAAUGCCACUUUAUUCUUGGCCAAGUUCUAUGGUCGUGCUGGCCUCGUCAACCUCAUUGAAGCCGGCCCCCCAAAACUCCGCCCAGCUAUAUUUAGGUCAUUGCUAUAUGAGGCGUGUGGCCGGAUAGUGAAUCCGGUCUAUGGUUCGGCAGGCAUGCUUUGGUCAGGUAAUUGGGCCCAAUGCCAAGCAGCCGUUGAUGCGGUGCUCAAAGGGUCACCCAUCAUAUCACUGCCUUCCUCUUCUGAGGUUCCAGCACCACACUUGAUCUCUUCUCUCAACACCUACGACAUACGCCACGUGUCCAGGGACCACGACUCCCCUGAACUAACCAAAGUCAAGAACCAGGCCCGGUUCAAGCGGUCCGUUGCCACGAGGCCCAAUUCACAGUCUGAACCAACGAGCAGGGUUAACCCGGGUGGGUGGGGAUUUGAACCGGUUCGUGAUUCAUGUUUGGGUCAUUUGGGAAAUGGGGGUAGUUAUAUAAAAGAUGAGGACAGCAUAUUUUCUGUUGAAACAGUGGAGGGUUCUUUGUGGAGUCAGGUUGAACCGGACAGGUUCUUCAAAUUUAAUGGACAAGGUGAUGACAGUGAUGUCCGUUUGGAUCUGACUCUUGGUUUGGUUUCAGAGUAGUACAAGUUAAAAUGGUACCUAUACGUAGAAUAUUGACUUGAGGCGUGCAGGUGUGCUUCAUGAGAUCGCGCAUGGCGAAGCAAUUUGACGACUCAAACGGACAGCGAUGCGGUUUUAUGAUUAUUUGAACUUCUUUUACUAGCAUAAAUAUAUUGUAGGAAUAAUUUAUUCUUAUUUAUGAAAAUUCAUGAAAAAACUUAGAAGAAAAGGCACAUACAAUAAUAGGGAUAUAUAAUUUUAACUUUUGUUAAUUUGU